AUGGAGCAGCGAGCGCUCGUCCAGCUCGCGGUCUUGGCGUCGCUCGCCACCAUCAGCGCCUUUGUGGCCGUUGGGCUCUUCCGGAAACGUCACCACCACCAGCAGCAGCAGCUGCAGCAGCUCAAGCAGCAGUCGCUGGACCAUGUCAAGCAGUCGAAGGAAGUGGAAGUCACGCGUGAGAGGCCGUCUCUAGUGUCCCAGACAGAGGUGUCCCCCCUCCCUCCUCCUCCUCCUCCUCCUCCUGAGCUGCCACCGGUCGUGAACUUGGGGGAGGCCGAAGCCACUUUAGCUACCAAGAAGUACAAGGCCGGGGACUUUGACCAAGCUAUUGAGCUCUACUCUGUCGCCAUCUCCCUCGGUGAACAGCAGCAGCCGCUGGAUGUGCGCAACCUCAAAGUCAUGUACUCGAACCGUACAGCUGCGUACGAGAAGCUCCAGGACUAUACGAACGUCAUUGGGGACUGUGCGAAGGCGUUGCAGCUGGACAACCGACACACCAAGUCGUACAUGCGUCGAGCAAAGGCGAAAGCUGCUCUGGGAGAUCUGCGUGGCUCUCUUGUGGACUACGUCUGUCUCUUGGUGAUUGCAGAGGAGAGACAGGAACAAGUGGACGAGACCUUGGCUCAGGAGAUCAGCCGCAUUCAUAAUGACAUUACGGUGAAGGAGAUUGAGGACGCCCAGCAGAACAAACAGAACCCCGUGCGGUACCUCCCGGACCAGUUCUUUGUCACGUCGUACUACUCGUCGUUUCAUCCGAGUGACGAUGAAAACGACGUGGUGCCGGAGAAAUCGUCCGAGGAGUACACGGCAGAGCUGGAGGCUUUGGGAACAGCAGACGAGGACUCUCGUGCGCAGCGUGGUUUGCUGCUGACGAAGCGGGGACUUGCGUUAAAGAAGGAGAGGGACUACGACAUGGCUGCCAAGGACCUCGCUGCAGCGUGCAAGCUCGUCCGGUUUGAAGAAGAGGCGUAUUACACGGCUCAGAUUGAGAAUGGCACGUACCACCAUUUGCGUGGCGAGUUUGAGCUCGCUCGGAAGUCGUUCGAACAGGCUCUGGCAGCAAAGCCGUACUCGGUCUUUGCCAAGAUCCGCAUGGGUGGUCUCUGUUUCGACCAGAAGGAUCUGAAGAAAGCGCUCGAGUGGUUUGACAAGGCUCUGGCGGAGAAGGCCGAGUGCUCGACGGCGCAUUUUCACCGUGGACAGCUCCACUCUAUUGACGUCGCGCCCGAUGGAACCAGUAACGAAGAGUCGAUGGCCGCGGCCCUUAGCGACUUGGAAACCUGCAUCAGUCUUGCACCGGAUUUUGCCAUGGCGUACAUUCAAUUGGGUGUCACGCACGCGCGAAACGGUAAUUUCCAAGGCGCUGUUGACUACCUCACGACAGCAGCCCGCAUUACGCCCAAUGUGCCGGAAAUCUACAAUUAUCUGGGCGAGACGUACAUGCAGAUGCUGCAAGCUCCGGAUAGUGCUGUUGAUCUGAAGACCGUCGAGGAGAUGUUCGAGAAGGCGAUUACGCUGGAUCCGUCGUACCCGAUGGCAUACAUCAACCAGGGCAACCUGUUGGUGCAGAAGGGCACGGAGUACGGCCAGCAGGCGCUUGCUCUGUUUGAAAAGGCUGUCGAGAUGUGUCCUCGCUCCAAGUUCGCCUACUGCCACCUCGCCCAAGUGUACAUGGCAAUGCAAGAGUACUCGCGCGCGAUCGAGCAGAUCGACAAGGCCGUGGCGUUUGCGUUUAGCAAGGACGAGCUGAACGAGUUGUUUGCCAUCCGCGUGACGGCCGAGACCCACCAGCAAGCGUCCGAGCUGCUCCACUAG